CGCGGCCCCGAGCGGCGGCGGCGGCGGGAGCGGGAGCGGAGGGUGCCCGAGGCGCUGCGGAGCUGGAGAGCCCCCAGGAGCCGUGUGCCGGCAGCCCCCCAGGCAUCCCAGAGGCACCAUGAUCCCCAGCGUGGGCCCCCGGAGCUGCUGCCUGCUCCUGCUGCUCUGCCUCCUCCCCUGCCCGCAGGUCCGGGCGGGCAGGGACGGCCCCGGCGUCUCGGCUGCCUCCUUCCUGCAGGAUCUGCUCCAGCGCUACGGGGAGAGCCAGACCUUGAGCCUGAAGCAGCUCAAGGCCCUGCUGAACCGCCUGGAUGUGGGAGUGGGACACGCCAAUGUCUCCCAAACACCUCAGCAGCGCCUCAACCUCUCCCGUUGCUUCAGCUCUGUGGAGCUUUUUGCCAUCCACAACCUGAGCGAGGGCUCCCCUGUGGGGCACAGCGAGUUCAAGGAGUUCUGCCCCACCAUCCUGCAGCAGCUGGAGUCGGGGGCGUGCGCCUCGGAAAACCUGGAAAACGAGGAGAACGAGCAGACAGAGGAGAGCAGGCCCAGCUCAGCUGAAGUGUGGGGUUACGGUUUCCUCUGCGUCUCCGUCAUCUCCCUGUGCUCGCUGGUGGGAGCCAGCGUGGUGCCCUUCAUGAAGAAGACAUUUUACAAGCGGCUGCUCCUCUACUUCAUAGCUCUGGCGAUUGGAACUCUCUACUCCAACGCCCUCUUCCAGCUCAUUCCCGAGGCGUUUGGAUUCAACCCUCAGGAAGAUUAUUACGUCUCCAAAUCCGCUGUGGUGUUCGGGGGCUUCUACCUCUUCUUCUUCACGGAGAAGAUCCUGAAGAUGCUCCUGAAGCAGAAGGACCAGCACCACCAUGGCCACAGCCACUACGGCCCCGAGGCUCUGCCCUCCAAGAAGGACCGGGAGGAGGGGGUCACAGAAAAGCUGCAGAACGGGGACCUGGACCACAUGAUCCCACACAUCACCAGUGACCUGGAGUGCAAGCCCCCCUCGGGGGAUGACAAGGCCGUGGUGGGCUCCCUGUCUGUCCAGGACCUGCAGGCCUCCCAGAGCGCGUGCUACUGGCUGAAGGAGGUCAGGUACUCGGACAUUGGCACUCUGGCCUGGAUGAUCACGCUCAGUGACGGCCUCCACAACUUCAUCGACGGCCUGGCCAUCGGCGCCUCCUUCACCGUGUCGGUUUUCCAAGGGAUCAGCACCUCCGUGGCCAUCCUGUGUGAGGAGUUCCCACACGAGCUGGGGGACUUUGUGAUCCUGCUCAAUGCUGGCAUGACCAUUCGCCAGGCACUUUUCUUCAACUUCAUCUCUGCCUGCUGCUGCUACGUGGGCCUGGCCUUCGGCAUCGUGGCCGGCAGCCACUUCUCUGCCAACUGGAUCUUUGCUCUGGCUGGAGGGAUGUUCCUGUACAUAGCACUGGCUGACAUGUUCCCUGAGAUGAACGAGGUGAGCCGGGAGGAUGAGCAGAACGGCAGCGCCCUGAUCACCUUCGCCAUCCAGAACGCGGGGCUGCUCACGGGCUUCACCAUCAUGGUGCUGCUCACCAUGUACUCGGGGCAGAUCCAGAUAGGGUAGGACCAGCCUGAGCUGCAGCCCUGAUCCAAUUUUUCCAUUUUUUUUUUUUUUGGGGGGGGGAUGGUUUUUUCUUUUUUUUUUUUUUUUUUUUGUUAUUUUUCUUUCCUUUCCCUGCUGCAAACAUCCGACGGUACCUGUGCGGGCACUGACGUCACACUACAGGAGAGACAUUGCUUUGAAAGCUAUUACCUGGAUUUUCUUCUGGUUUAAGGCUGAGGGGAGUGGAAUUCCCCUUCCCAUAGGACUGACCUGACUUUGUCCAGUGUCAUUUCCCUUCUCUCCUCGCCUCUCCCAGGAAGGAUGGAACGGGGAGACAGGAGCUGCUCCAGCCGUGGUGCUUGGAGCGUUCCCAUGGCACAUGAGGCUGUCCUGACCCCUCUGGGGGUGUGUGAUGGGGACAGACAGGGACAGACCCUUCUCAGAGCGUUCCCCACAGCUGUGCUCGCUGAGGAUGAGGAGGAUGUCACCAUCAUCCAACUGCUUUUGCUCCGUUUCAGCCCGGACAACGCCCUGGCACGAGUGGGGUGAAGAGGGCAGGGGUUUCAAAGCACAUUUUGGGUGUCAGUGCCCAGAGCAGAGCACACCAAACUGGCUUGGAGUGACACUUGGGCUGCUGGGAGAAGCCUGCCAGGGUGCCCUGACCCUCCCUUCAGUCCGUGCAGCUGGAAUGAGGGGCAAAUCCCAGCUCCUCCUCUCAGAAGGGGAUGAGAGCAGAGCCCUGCCCGGCCGCAGGCUCCAGCCCAGGGGUUUCUCCUCAGGCUGUGUCCAAGCUCAUGGUGACACCCAGGAACAGCCACCAGUUUUUUAAACAGUGCUAAGGUUCAGGGUGGGGGUGGGGGGUGUUUUUAAAAGCAAAAUCAGACUGUGAACCUCUUCAGGUUGUGUGUUCCCAGCCUUAGGGAGUAGCCAGAGAAGGGUGUUCCAGGCACCUCCCAGCUCUGCCUCCGGGCUGGCGUUCCAGAUUCACUAGGUGAAUUACUUAUUAUCAUAUUGAUAAGGUUGUCCACCCCACCUGUGUUGCUUGAGGUUCCCUCACACCCCUUUUUCCCCCUCGUCCUGUACCUGGUGUAAGCUUGUGGCCGUGUGGAUUCAGGGGAGUCCCUCGUGGUUUGGGGCUGGAUUGGGAUGGAGGAGAGGUGCAGGUGAUGGUGAAGUGUUUUCCUUCUCUGCCCACCUGUGCAGGUGUGUGGGGUGUGACAGAGUGGUGGCACCGUGCUGGAGCUGAGGCUCCCACACCUUCCCUUUGCCCCGUGAGGAAAGCAAACCUGAGGCUGUGCCAGGUGUUAUUCCUGCCCAUCUCAGACACAGGGCCCUGGCACAGGCUCAGCACCCCUGGCAGCGUUGUGCCCUGGCUGGAUCCCUGUAAUCCCUGAAUUCCUGUAGUUCCCAGCUGGGUGAUGUUGUUCCUAAACUCCCAACAGCUGUCACCGAGCCCGUGCCCUGUGGCACUGCCAGGAUCCUCGUGGAUCAUCACCUGCACUCGGUGGCUUUUCUAGUCUGGGCAUUUGUCCCCUCAGCACCCCUGGAUUUUGGCUUUGUCCUGCACCCCAAAACAUAAACAUCAGUUCUGGAGGGAGCCUUUUUGGGAUGACCUGAAGGUGUCACACAGUCCUUGGGUGAUUCCCUCAAGGAGAGACAGGCUCUGCUUUGUCCCCUGUGGUGUCCCUUGUGGAUUGUCCCCAAAAGUCACUUUUCCCACUGGAGCAGAGCAGCGUGGCCUGUGCUGCCUGGGGCAGUCAUUCAUCACCUGGCAGGCAUUCCCUGUGCUGCAGGUUCCAGCACCAAAGGGCCAUUGGAAACACUUUUUCCUUGCUUGAGAGAGCAGCAGCCCCAGCUGAGUGAGUCGAUGUGGAAAAUCUGAGUCCUUCCACUGGCACCGCUGCCCUCUGCUCUCUCUCAAGGAAGCACUUGGAAAACACCAUAAACACCAUGGGGCUGGCAGAGCUGCUGGAAAAGCCUCUGUGGGGGAGGACAGGGGGCAAUGGGGGGUUUGUCCCCUCUGGACAAGAGCUGGGAGGUGGCACAGAGCAGGCCUUGGUGUCCUCAGAGCCGGCAGGAUUCACUGUGGGGAUCACAACUCUGCCAUCUCCUCGUUUGGAGUUUAUCCCUGUUUCCUGAGGAAUCUGCAACGCAGAGAUUUGGGAUUGGGGUGAGAAUUGAGGCUGCCACCAGGGAGAGCGAGCUCUUCUUCCCCCUGGGCAGAAAACCCAGAAAUUUGGGAUUAUUUGGGGUGAGAAUCGAGGCUGCCACCAAGGAGAGCUCCUGUUCCCCCUGGGCAGGCACCCCAGAAAUUUGGGAUUGGGGUGAGAAUUGAGGCUGCCACCAAGGAGAGCUCCUGUUCCCCCUGGGCAGGAAAUCCAGAAAUUUGGGAUUGGAGUGAGAAUUGAGGCU